GACUUGCGGGAGGAGUUGCGUGUGGCUUGUGCACCGGUGUGUGCAUCGGAAGGCGCGUUGCGCGAGGAGUUGUGUGCUCUUCGGUCGGAAUACGCGCGAGUGUGUGAGGCUGUUGCGUCGAGUGAGGCGAUGUGUGUGGAGAAGUCGUGUGCGUUGACUGCGGCGACUGAUCGUGUGAGCGAGUUGAGUGCGGAGUUGAGUGUUGUUCGGCAGCAUGUGUGCGAAGUGCGUUCGGAGAAUGAGAGUUUACGCGUGGAGAUUGCGGUUGCUCGUGCGGAGUGUGAGGAAUUGCGGUCUCGUAUUGAUGUUGGUGUUCGUGAUGGUGCACAGAGUGAGGUUGGAUUGAUUUGGUCCAGUGGGCGGGUGGACGUGACGUCGUUGGAACGUGUGGAUGUAUCUACUGAGGUGUGUGUUGCGAGGAGUGUGGUGUGCGAGUCGGCCCCGUGCUCAUCAUCGACAUUGGUAGGAUUACCUGGUGGUGUUUGUUCGGAUGUGGAUGCGAGAGCGGACGUGUCGGUGGUUGAUGUGCAUGAGUCGGCCCUGUUCUCAAAGUAUGUGGAACACGUGAGCAGUCAAACGGAUGAGGACAGCGUGUUGGAUGGUAGUAUUAGCUAUGGGACGGUUAUUGGUGUUGUAGCGCGUGACGCGGGUGUGGGGCCUGACAUGGCGGACGUGUGUGAACCGAAGUCGGCUUUGUCGGUGGAGAUGGAUGUGGCUGCGUCAGUUGUGUCUUCUGGCCGUUUGGAUGUGUUGGGUAUUGGAGUUGGAGGUGAACUUCCGCCUCCGCCGCCACCGUGUCCGGUACAAUUUGGGCAAGAACUGCGUGUGUCUAGUGUGGACGUUUGUGGUGGCAUUGGUGUGGAUGGUGUUUCCGAUGAGUUGACGGUGGAUGGAGACGGGUGGCGCGCUGAGCUGGUUUCUCGAGAUGAGCGUAUAAGUGUGUUGUCGCAGCUUGUGGAUGCUCGGGAUGCGGCGCUACGUGAUAGUCGUUACUUGUUGUCGGAGAAGGACAGUGAGUUGAUGCUGUUGCGACAGGCCCAAAGUCGAGGGGAUGAGUUGCGUGCGGCGCUGGAGUCUGAAUUGGAGCGUGUGAAAUGUGACCUGGAGGCGAAGUGUUCGGAGUUGGAAGAUGCAUCGCGCAGACUGUUGUUGCUUGAUGAGAGUGAGACAUUGGGUGGAGGUGUGAGUGGGCGAUAUGAGGUGAUGUUGGAAAGCGGGGCGACUGAGGAUGCCGCGACUGGUAUUGUGUGCAAGGGUGUGCAAACGGAGGCAGAUGUGAUAUGUCGGUUGCAGGCUGAGUUGACUAGUCUUCGAUUGGAGCAUCUUCACCUGAGAGAGGCGUGUGAGCGCGCGCGUGGCUCGGAGACUGGUGGUAUGAUAUCUGAGAUUGAGUUGUUUACAGGCUUGCGUAGUGUGACGAUGGAUGGACCGGCACUUGCUAUUGAGGAUAAGGCGUCUGCAUUGAGUGUUGCAGAAGAUGCCAGUGCUCGUGUUGGUUUCGCUGUGGAUGCCUUGCAUGAGAGAGAGGUGAGCGAGUCACUGUUGGUUGUGGACGAAUUGGCUGCUGGUGACAGGUUGUUGUCGUUGCCUUCGCCGAUGGUUGGAACGCGUGCGGAGGAUGUGGUGGAGAUAGAUGGAUCUGGCAUGUCGGGUGAUUUGUGGUCGUGGGACGGUGUUGUUGAGAUGGAGCACAGACCGGAUGAUGUGAUGGCUGGUGGUCAUGAUGUAGGUGUGCAGAGUGUGGAUGUUGGUUGUUGGAUUCCAGUGACGGUGUCGUCGGCUGGUGGUGUGAUGGGGUCGGCUACAUCGUCGGGACCGAUAGUGGUGGAUGCGAGUGUGACGUAUAGUGGUGUAGUGUGUACGUCAGAAGCGGUGUUGGAUGGUACUAGUUUGUGUGGAGUUGAAGCGAGAGAGUUGAGUGCAGUGGAGACUCGUUUGUCCGCAGCGUUGGAGAAGAUAGAGCAGUUGGAGUGUGAGAAGUGUGAGUUGCAGUCCGAGUUGUUGUCGCGGUCGCAGGUGGCUGAUCGUGGCCGAUUGUUGGACAAGACGGUGGUGGAUUUGGUGGAUGCGAAGAAGUUGUUGGGUGAGUUGGUGGGUCAGUUGUCGGAGCUCCGUGCGAGUUAUGUGCAUGGGUUAUCAGAGCGUGCGUCUUUGGAGUCGACGUUGCGUGAUGCGCUUUGCAAUUUGACUGAUGUUGAGUUGCAGUUGUCGGUGAAUACGAGGCAUGGUGAAGAGUUGCGCGACGCGCUAACCGAAUCGGAAAUGGCGUGUGCAGAGGCGCGUGCGGCCGCUUCUCGUCAGGCUUGCGAUUUGUUGGAGGUGAUGGAUCGUUUGAAGUGCUCGGAGUUGGCUCGUGAGGCUCUGAGUGUUCGAGUGGCGGAUCAGCAGAAAGUAUUGGUUUGCAUGGCUGGCGAGUUGCGUCAUGUGCGGGAUGUGUUGUGUGGUGUUGGUGCUGAGUUGCGUACCCUUGGUUUGGAGUGCAAGCGUUGGCAGUCGUCCGGAGCGUCGGAGUUGGGUCAAUGUGUGUGUACUGUGGAUUCGUUGGUGGAGACAUCGCAGAAGUUGUAUAGUGAGAGCGCAUCUAGGUUGAUUGAGAUGGAGUCGUUGGUGUGCGACUUGCGGGAGGAGUUGCGUGUGGCUUGUGCACCGGUGUGUGCAUCGGAAGGCGCGUUGCGCGAGGAGUUGUGUGCUCUUCGGUCGGAAUACGCGCGAGUGUGUGAGGCUGUUGCGUCGAGUGAGGCGAUGUGUGUGGAGAAGUCGUGUGCGUUGACUGCGGCGACUGAUCGUGUGAGCGAGUUGAGUGCGGAGUUGUGUGUUGUUCAGCGGCGUGUUCGUGAAUUGUCUUCCGAGAAAGAGGCACUACUUUCUGAGCUUUUUGACGCCUCCACUCAUUUUGCCGAAUUUUCUUCUCUUUUGUCGAUGUUUUGUCCGUGUUUAUCUUCUUCUAUUUUGGACUGCCUUUUACCCUUGGACCAUCCUAGUAAUGAUGGCUACCGUGGUGUGUUUUCCCCACUUUUGCGGUCUUCUGAGUGUUGUUUCUUUCGAUCCCAUUCUUGUUUGCCUUCUCCUGUCCCUGCAUCGGACGUUGGACUUGUUUUUCCUGUUGUUUUUGAUAUUUUUGCGGAUGUCACUCGUCUUUCGAGGGUCUGUUCUACUCUUGUUGUUGCUGCUUUGAGGUUGGCAAACUUAGUUGAACAGGUUACGCCAAUUUCUUUUCGCCUUUCUGAUCGGUUGUCUGUGGAUAUCCCUCCUUCCUCAAGUGUUCCUCUUGGCCCUGAGGUUUGCUGGUCUGCUAGUUCUUUAUGUCGUGCCUCCAAAGACCUUGAGAGGGAGGCGGCUGUUUUAGAUGAGCAAUUAAAUCUUGAGCUUUCUUGCAAUCAUAACCAUUCUGAGGAAGUCGAGCGCAUGAAAUCUGUCAAUUCCAGUUGGAUCGCAUGCGCUCAUCGCAUCUUGGACACGGUCAACGAUCUCUGUGGUUCCAAGUCGCAGUGUACCUUUGAAGGGGAUUUACAACCGGACGAUUUUGAGCACUCACUUUCUUCCGCCUUCAAGGAAUUCUCAGGGCACCUUUAUCAGUCUGCUCUUCUAGACAACGAAUGUAACUCACUGCGUUUGCGCCUUUUGGACCUUCAGGAGGCGCACGCAACAUCCAUCAACGAACUCCAGCGUGCGCAGGCCACUUUAAAUGACCAGCAUGUCGAAAUUGGACGUUAUCGAAAGCAUUGGCGUUGUUUGAUCGAUUUGACGGAUCAGUUAAUACCACUUAUUUCUUCUGACACGGUAACCACCGACAGUUUGCUUCAACUUCGUCAAGGUCUUCAUGAAAUACAAAAUAGCUUGGUUAACUCUUUAGUUAAUCAGACAAAUGAUCCUGUUCUUGCCCAUUUUCCGGCUCUAGCCGAAGACUCACCCGUGACAAUAGCGCCUGUUGCAGCGAGACAUUUAGAAUUAGUUGAUGCUGAGUGUCUGGCUGGGGUGGGAGCAGUUCCGGCCAUAGCUUCCUCUUCAGUUCUCCAACAGUUGCCAGAUGAAGAUGCAGCUAGUUUGGCCUCCUCUUACCGAACAAGUCUGGAAGUCAGUCUCAGUUCAGAAUUCAACUAUCUAAAGAACUGCAUUCACAGUUUAAAGAUGGAGUUGAAUUCGAUGCGCAAGUAUGUAGAGGCCUCUCUUUCUUCCGUUCGUGAUGAACUUUGUUCGGUAAUUCGGUUACAUGAUCCUUCCAACACAAGGAGUGAGAGUUUACUCAUCCCUUCCAUUGUGGUUGAAUACAUCCGUAAGCUUCACACUAUUCUCAACCUGAAUGAAUUUGUACCUAAUGCAGAUACCAAGUUAGACAGAAUAAGCAUUUCCCCGACGUAUCUUUGUGAACUGAGCAAGCAAGUUUCUUUAUUGCAACAAGAAGUUUGUUUCACGAAAAGGGAAAUACAAACAUCGACCAGUAAUCCACAUCCAGUGGCUUAUAAACCAGAUGAAAUAGCAACGUCUCUCGGUAAGUUUGGAUAUUCUCCCGACCCAUCAGCUACUUGCAAUCACACCGAUGAAUCAGUAAGUUCUGAGUCCAAAUUGGAGACCUUAUCAGCGUUCGUCUACGCGUGCAAUGUACUUAUAGACUACGCACCUACCACCGCUACUGGCAAACUGCUAGAACAAGUCGGAGUCACGAGAGAACUCAUUCAAUUUCUCAAUGGGAUUUUGGGAAAAAUGGAAUCAUUGUGUACCUUAGCAAACAAUGGGAACCAGGAGUCAACGCACCCGGCGUCUGCUCAUUCUAAUGGACUGUGCACCUCGAAUAAGGUGCCGGAAAACAUUUUGCUUUUGGAUUUCUGUGCACGACUCGCUGUCCUUUUUGAUCAACCUACGAUACCACUCCAGCCUAUAAACUCCACUGAUCUUAAAACGCACCUAAGUGCAUUGUUUUCCGCCAUUCAACUGCAGAAGCAAAUAUUUGAUGAGGUUAGGAAUACGGACGAGUUCCGUACCGCUGCCUACACUGGUCUGAUAAAUUGCUUAGAUCAGCUAUGUUGUAUGUCAGAUCCCAAAAUCAUCCUACAUGAUCCUCAUUUUUCCUCAAAUGCACUCUCACCACAGAGCCUCGAGCGAUUGACCGAGUUAAUACGCAAAGGUGGACUUAAGUCCGAAGACUUUAUUCCACGGUUAAGCCAGCUUCAUCAGAAUGUCUCUAACCUUGCGCUUAGGAUUUCUAGCCUUACUGAUGAGGAUCACGAGUUGUCUGCUGCGCUUCGAUCCAAGGAGAUGGUGUUCUCUGUUCCUGGGACAGUGAUCCGUGACCUUGCGGACCACACACAAAGUGUUCAAUCUGCUGUCGAGGCCCUUUCGACUGUACUCGACCGUGUUGAUGCAUCGAAACUCCGAACCGGGAUGGGCGAUGCAAUUCAUGAUGCACAAACUACAGGUUCGAAAACGGUGACCAGUUUGUGCUCAAAUAACCAGCAAACUACUUCUUAUCUCGAGUUGACGGUUGCUGUCGACGCGCUUCAUAAGGAGUGGACUCAACUGAAAAGGACACUUAUCUCUUUUGAACGUGGGCUUGAACACGAGAGUGUGAGUCGUUUGAAGCGCGGGACUACAGUCUUGGAUACGUCCUGUGAAGAAUCUCACCUAUCCUGUGCAAAUGUCCCCUCCACGGAUGACACAGUGCAUUCUCCUCUGAACGUGUCCCUACCCACACUAGACGUCCGUUGGCCGAUACUAACCUGUAACACACAUCAGGUGCUUGAUAACCCUUCAUCGACCUCCCAGCUGUGCACUGUGCCACAAGAGAGACGAAUGAGCACUACGAACUUGUUGGCCUCAGCUUUGAAUCUCCAGGGAUGGAACGCAAAAAGUUGGCCGAGCAUACACCGAAGGGCGUACAAAAAACAAUUGCCACACCGUUCGCACUCGUUACCUGCACUAAGGAGGCACAGUUGUUCGCCUCCGUUUGUUGAGGAUCCCCGUCCAACUGCUGAUGAUAUCGAGGCAAUUUGGAAUGGGCGGGACAAGAAGCUUCUUAGAAGAGCAUCAGAAGCCACUUUAUCUCACCAUCCUACCGUCUAUCGAUCGUCUCUGCUUCAGUUUGUUCGAGCUCUGGAGGCUUAUUUCCCCGCAUUCAUGUUGCGACCGAUCGGAAUAAGUCUGUUUCCACUGUCACUUCGUACUGGCUUGAGGGCGUUGCGACAUUUGUUACUCACUCUACCCGAGGACCUCAUUCGACCCAUAAGCAUUUCAGAUGUUAGCGAUUGUUUGGAGUGCCACGUUCAGUGGAGAGAACUACAGCUCUGGCAACAAAUGUGUGCGCUUAGGGCACAACUUGUUCUGCUACACCGACAAAUGAAGCUGGAGCAGGCAAGUCACAGAUCGCCGAGCGAACUACAAGCCCAAAUAGGUCAGAUCAAUCAACUUUUGUGUCAAAGCACACUGAGCUACAAGUUUGUACAUGAAUUGAUGCCCCUCCGCAUACCACUUCAUCCCGGUGGUCCCUAUUGCCAUUUAUUGGCUGCAAACGUAAGCUCAGACCUUUCAACGGAUUGCGAACAGUACGACUACUUUGGAUUAUCGGCCACUCUUGUACAACGGUUAUUGCGUCUUCUGCACAUACGUGACAUGGAAGUUCUGUACUUGUUAUCGCUGAGGCAAGAGGGUGGUCAGUUUGACCACGAACACGAAGAAAUUUGUACUAAGCUCCGUACCUUUGCUGACUGGAACAGCAUUCCACCAGUUGAUUUAACGGAAUUGCCUACUUACCGCAUUGGCCUAAGGAUGUUGGAUUCCAAACUUUUUAGCCAACUUGCAGUUUCGGCUGAAGAAAAGAAGCGUGUAGCAGAAUCAUUCGAUUUUCCACUGAAUCGAGAGUCGAAUGAUUCAACGCAACAGCAUCUGUCGGACCCACGACAUCUGUCAUCUUACGAGACGUUGCUCGAUUGUGUGCGGCGGUGUGAACACACACUGUCGCAGAUUCAACAGUGCCUCGAUCCCCGCUCCACCUUUCCAACCAACGUGGAUGUUGACCAGCUCACUCUACCACUCGCCCAAUUACAGUCCCUUCUUAGAAGCCGAAAGCAACAGACGGAAACACACGUUGAGUCCGUUACCCUAUGUGCGCCAUCGACUGCAUCACUCACGAACUCUCCGAGUUACCCCAGGCGUUCUGUGAGGCCUCCCAUCUUGAAUUUGAUAAAUGCCGUCGACCACAUGUUGGACUUGACAGAGUUGCGAAACCUAUGCAAACAUUUGUUCGAUCAGUAUCGCAUAGUCAGCUCUGAGCUGGAACUGCAGUUGGAUACGAAUUGGUGCUUACGACAACGGUUGAUUGCCACGAAUGCUACGAUUGACCAGCUUUCAAAACAACUGAACGAAGAACAUCACUCCUUGGCAUACCUCGAACAGCGGCUCAAUGUGGAGACGGAGAAACACACCGCACUAACAGAACAAUGCGAUGUUGCCAGAGUGCAUGGACGAACCGCUGUACGUAAACUAGAGCAUCUGCUCACCGGAGAAGAGCAACGCGCAAUACAGGCGGAUUCGCUUCAGGAAGCACCGGUUCUGCCGACCGAUACGACGUUCGUUUCUGGGGUUGACACACAGGCGGUCUGUGGACUGCAUGGUGAGAGGCCGCCAUCUUACUUGGGAGAAUCACGCGAGUCGUAUCACGCACUUUCCGCUUCAACACCAUUGAAGCAUUCAGUAUCUUCACAGACGACAAAGACGUCCAAAUUCUCUUGCCUUCCACGUCCAAUGAUGAGCUGCGGCACAGCUCGGAAACGAUCACCCUCUAGCUCAGCCACCCCAACACGAACUCCCUACCGAUCGACGAAGCGUCAUCAGAUGUCAUUGAAUGUACCUGGCAGUUCAUCACAAGUAGCCGUUCAAAGGCAUCGUUGCAAACCUGUCUCCAGUUUGCCAUCCGACUCAACACCAUCGCUGAUCAAACGACAGACAAACAAUAGUAAUCUUAGCUGUCUGGAUCCAAGUCCGGCUAUGUCUUCCACUGAAUGCAUCUCACUCACUACGCGUUCUAUUAUCACACCCGAUACCUCGGCCGAGUCGUCCGAGUCUACACGCCUAUUGACCGAUUGGUCCUUUUCCUCUGUGGACACACAACCCAGUGGCCAUAGCCUCCCGUCUGCUGGUGUACAGGAGCAGUCUGAUUGUAGCACCCCAGCAAAGCGACCGAAAAGAAGCAAACGGCUGAUUCGGUUGUUGCGCCAUCGAAUGUUCCCCAAAACGGACCUCAAGAAGCAAUCGUAACCGGCAACUGAGCCGGCGUGCUUCCUCGUCCCGACCGGCAGUCUUUCAUUCAUUUUCCCGGUCAUUUUCUUCACUUGGCCUUCAACAGCGUCCCGUCCCCAGUUCCGCGCAUGCACCUACACUGCUCACAGGGAUGAGGACUAACGUUAUUUAAUUUCAUGUUUUUCAGCCACAAGAGAGAAGACCUCAAUAGCACAUCGGCACACACGUACACUAAGAUUACCCGAAGAGAUCUGUCUUUGUUUCUUCCUCUUAUCGUGAACGCACUUCCCGUCAAAGGAUUUUGCCUUCGUUUAACAUGCACUCAUUCUAUCAUUGUAUAGCCUGUCUUGGCUCCGCUUCCCAUUUCCACAUAUUUUCAAAGUACAUAUCGCACGCAUUCAACUCAUUUACCAAAACCGAACCCGUUCCCUGUGAUACACACACACACACACACGCACACUCAUGUGCAAACGUACACGAGGACGUGCGCAUGUGAGAUUUCAAGCAUCGUUGGCAUUUCAUCGCAUUCACUGUGCUCGCACUCCCCCAUUGUGCUUGCGGAUCUUUUCUCCCUACUGUGUUUUAACACCUGUGACAGCAGUGCCCAUAACGUUGUGAUCUUUUAAAUGUGACCUUGAGUAUUUUGUCUAUCUAUUUCCUCUCCUUCAUCUCUCGAGUUGGCGCCAUUUUUGUGAUUACUGAACAAGAGCAUCGCAUUAUAUAUAUACACAUGUCGUCACUUGUGGAACCAGACUUCAAGACAAGCUUUCGUACUAAAUACAUGGGUGGAAAGCCUUUUACGAGAGGACUGACAUCCUGGAGACUAAGUUGCGUGUGGCUUAUGAUCGAUUUCAGUCUCUGCAGCGACCAUGAUCCAAAGAGUGAUACUAACUAAAAUACCGGUAAUAAUAUGAAUACCAUUAACCAUAGUGAUGUUGAUAAUCCAACAGGAAAUAAAUAAACGAUUUAUUCUC